AUGAUCAAGUUCGUCCUGGUGCAGAAUCGACAAGGAAAGACGAGAUUGUCUAAAUGGUAUUCUCCUUAUGAUGAUGAUGAGAAGGUCCGACUGAGAGGAGAAGUACAUAGAUUGAUCGCUCCGCGGGACCAGAAAUACCAAUCCAACUUUGUAGAGUUUCGAAACGACAAGAUCGUCUACAGACGAUAUGCAGGUCUCUUCUUCUGUGUGUGCGUAGAUUCGAACGACAAUGAAUUAGCGUAUCUGGAGGCUAUCCACCUUUUCGUUGAGGUAUUGGAUGCGUUCUUCCAAAAUGUUUGCGAAUUAGAUCUGGUGUUCUCUUUCUACAAGGUGUAUGCAAUUCUCGAUGAGGUAUUCUUGGCUGGUGAAAUUGAAGAGACUUCCAAACAAGUAGUGUUGGAUAGAUUAGAUUAUCUAGAAAAACUGGAUUAG